UAUUACAGCAUCAGAUUCUUCAUCUCUAUAUAUACCUUGCCAGCUCCUUCACUCCAACACAAAUUCACAGUAUUAUUAAGAAACACUCCAACUGUCUAGCCUUUUUGCAAUAAGAUAGAAUGGCUUUAGCUCGUUUGGCUUUGAAGAAGCUGCAUAAGGGUGCGAUUUCAGUACCGUCUUCUUCGUGUUUGGGUAAAGAACAGAGGUGGAGCUCUGAGCUUGUGAACAGGCUCUUCUCUUCAUCAUCGUUGUCGCCUCGUGAUGAGGCUGCCACUAGUCCUGAUCAGAGUGCCAAAAAGUCCAAACUCUUUCCGAGAAAGCGAGGCAAUAGGCAUCUUUGGAGAAACAACAAUUAUGAUUUCCCGCCUUCUCUCUGGGAGUUCUUCCCAUCAGGGCUAGGAAACGCACUGAUACAAGCAACAGACAACAUAAACAGAGUCCUCGAGAACAUGGGGCCUUCCCAACUAUUAAAAGGGUUUAAAGAGAAGAAAGAGUGCUACAAGCUCAAGUAUGAAAUGCCCGGACUGGCCAAAGAUGAAGUGAAGAUCACAGUCGAAGAUGGCGGCGUGUUGAGGAUCAGAGGAGAGCACAAGGAAGAACAUGAAGAAGCAGAGGAUGAAGAGCAGCCGUCCUGGUCAUCGAGAUACGGGUACUAUGAUACUCGCUUGGCAUUGCCUGAUGACGCGAAAAUUGAAGAAAUCAAAGCUGAGAUGAAAGAUGGUGUUCUGAAAAUUACCAUACCUAGGAGUGAGAAGCAGCAGAAGGAUGUCAAGGAAGUUCAAGUCCAGUGAUAUUUGUAUCUAGUGCUCUAAAAAUGCUGCUAAUUAAAAUCUUUUUAUCUUCCCGUAUCUUAAGAGUUGUUUGGUGCUUUGUAAUAAUUUGUGUGCUCUUGUUUGUAAGUCUUUGAAAAUAUGAAUAAAGUUGUUUAAAACUUUUUUUUUACUAAACAA